AGUGGGCGUAGUAAAAAAUGGAAAGAGAUGCUGAAGUUGCCACCGGUUAGUCAUUGUGAAGGUAUCAGAUGCUCGAUCGAAAGAGACUAUAGCCAGCUUUGUGACAAGCAGCCAAUAGGAAGACUUCUCUUCAGACAGUUCUGUGAUUCCAGACCAGAUUUAAAAAGAUGCAUUGAAUUUCUGGAUGCAGUGGCAGAAUACGAGGUAUCUUCAGAUGAAAAGCGCAUAGACUGUGGCCUGAAAGUUUUAGAGACGUACUUCACUAAUGGGUCUGUAGCACACUUGCCAGAAAUACCUCAGGAAACAGUAAACGAAUGUAAAGCAAAACUGGAAAAGAACCCUUCUAAGGAUCUCUUUAUGGACUGUACUAGGAUUGUCCAUGAAUACCUAAGCAGAAGACCUUUUGAAGCUUACCAAGAAAGUGUGUAUUUUUCCCGGUUUUUACAGUGGAAAUGGCUGGAAAAGCAACCAGUAACCAAACACACAUUUAGACAUUACCGAGUACUUGGCAAAGGUGGAUUUGGAGAGGUGUGUGCCUGUCAAGUACGGGCAACAGGAAAAAUGUAUGCUUGUAAAAAGCUAGAAAAAAAGAGAAUAAAGAAGAGAAAAGGAGAAUCAAUGGCUCUAAAUGAAAAAAGAAUUCUAGAAAAAGUGAAUAGUAGGUUUGUAGUAAGUAUCUACUUGUGA